UUCUACUUGCUAAUCCUUUCAGGGUUCUGGACACCCUGGACAACUGACCAGUCCAUUUACACCAACCUGUGGUCAAAUUUACCGAAUCGUGCAGGAGCCUGGAUCGUUGGUGGGAACCAGAGAACCGGGAGAAACACCGUGAAAUUUCUGCAUAAAAAAGACCAUCAUCUACCACCGGGGAUCAAACCAGUGAUGUUCUUACUGUAAGAACACCGGUCACUCUUUUAUGGUGAAGUAUACGCUUCAUAUGAUCAGUCGAUCACCGAACAUCUAGUUCGGUGAUCGAACUCUCUUGUCUUAUGUCGGACUGUUUUAACCGUGAGUCUCUGCAGAGCAGGCUGUUCUGGAGUCAGCUGGGCGUUACGUUACGCAUCCUUCCUCCUCGGUUGUAACUCCACGCCUCCUCCUCUGAAUUCAGAUCACACUUCUCCUCAUUUGUGCACUCCCUGGAUCCUCAGCCUCAGCCUAUAACAUCUCGUGUUCAAGGAAAAGGAAGAGGCGCUCGCGAUUGAUUGAUGUGCGCUUUUAACCAUCCACUGGCUAAUCCCGCUGAAUGACAAACGGUUAAUCCAACUGCUGUCCACUCAUUUAUAUUCCCAUAGUAUCUUUAUUUUGGGAAACCAUGAAAAAGCCGCGUAUAACGGGGAGAGGAACGACAAAGCAGGCACGAGGCUAGUAAAACCAGCCGUGGUUCUGAUUGGCCUGGACGGAAAACUGAGGGAUCUUUGUCACACGCGUCCUCUCGUUUCUCUCACCGUGCCACGCGCACUUGCUCGCACACGGUAAUCAUUUUUAGAUUGCUAUGUCGUGACCGGAGCGACGCAAAAUGUCACACGACUCGUUGGCCGCUGUCAGACUCCCGCAGCGAAACGCCAGUGUUUUGAAGACGUUCGGCUGAAGAUCUUGUUCACAGCUCGCUGCUGGUGAAGCGGCCGAGGCUCGACCGAGGCUCGACCGGGACUUGAUUCAAAACCUGGACACCUGCUCUGGCAGGGUUUCCCGCUGCGCUCGCUGGGAAUCCCCCCCUCCACUCCACUCUGGAGCCCAGACCUGGACCUAGUCCUGGAUCUGGAUCUGGAUCAGCUCACAAAUCCACCAUACGAUACAAAGUAGUAGAAGGAGGAGGAGGAGGAAGAGGAGGAGGAGGAGGUUUUACUCCUCGUGCUCGUUAUUUGUUUACUCCAAUAGCAACUCACAGCAAAUGUGCUGUUACUGAGAGACGAUGGUUUUUGGGUUUAAUGUUCCUGCGUCUGUGUUUAGUUUUACUUUGUGAGACGAGCAGCAGCAUCAGUGGCAGCAGCAUCAGUGCAGUUCAUCCAAUGCUAAAGAACUGAGGAAGGCUGCUUCAUCUUCAUCAUCUCUUGUACCACCACCACCACCACCUCCACCAUCACCGGGGGAGACAUUACUACCAGCAGGAGGGCAGCGGGCGGCCCGAUCACCCGCCAACCAUGUAAAGCCCACACAGGUUCAACAGAACACUCCGUGGCUCAUCCUUCCAUCUCCCACAUCAUGGCCAACUCUGAAGAGGUGGAGCAGGCAGGUCUGGCCGACCUGGAGAUCAUCUCCCAGCCGGUGGAGGAUGAGAACCAGUGCUUGGCUCCUCCGGUGCAGCUGGUGAGUUUCGGCUACAGAGAUCUGCCCCUCACUGCUCUGGACCUGUCUCUGGCCGGGUCACAGCUCCUGUCCAACACCGACGAAGAUGAGAACAGAGAAGGGUCCAACUGGCUGAAGCCGUGCUGUGGUCGUCAGGUGGCCCUGUGGCAGCUCUGUCUCCUCAGCCCAGGCUUCAACUGUGUCCUGGUGUCUUGCGUCAUCCUGGUGGUUCUCUUCCUCUCCCUGGAGCUGCUCAUAGACACCAAACUUCUGCAGUUUUCCUCAAUAUUUCAAUUUGCCAGUAUCAUCCACUGGAUCAGCCUCAUCAUCCUCUCGCUCUUCUUCUCAGAGACCGUCUUCAGAAUUAUCGUGCUCGGGAUCUGGGAUUAUAUAGAAAACAAAGUUGAGGUGUUUGACGGCGCUGUCAUCGUGUUGUCGCUGGCCCCCAUGGUGGCCUCCACGGUGGCCAACGGGCCCAGCAGUCCAUGGGACGCCAUCAGCCUCAUCAUCACUCUACGCAUCUGGAGAGUCAAGAGGAUCAUUGAUGCGUUUGUGCUGCAGGUCAAAGUGGAGAUGGAGCUGGAGAUCCAGCAGUGUGAGAAGACCAAGGCUGUGAGGGAGGAGCAGCUGGAGCGUCUCACUCAGAUCUGCCAAGAACAAGCCUUUGAGAUCAGGCAGCUCAGGGCCCAUCUAGCACAACAGGACCUGGACUUAGCAGCAGAACGUGAAGCCGCCAUGGAGAUCCGCCACGUAUGGGGCAAACAGGGCAGAAGUUUCAAGGUUCUAGAAGGUUUGACUCCUGGGGAGUCUGACGACGAAGGCAGCCACAGAACCCCCAGAGAACCCUCGUCCACUGCAGGUACCGUGCAGCUUCUAAACCAUUAUUACCUUAUUAUUAUUAUUAUAAGAUAGAGAUUAUAUUCAAUAUGCUUAUGACUUAACCACUUACAUGUUUUCACGUUACCCAUUAUAAAAACAAGAUAAAUUUUGUAUUUAAACAAACUUCUAAUUGAAGAAAUAAAAUUAUGACAGAAAAAUAUUUAGCCCUGCAAUUACAUAACUUUACCACUAGAUGUGGCUAAAUCCUUGUCUCGGUGCUAUAUAGAAAAUAUUCCGUAUAAAACAGAUGUGGCGUUUAUGUGACAAACCCGAACCCGAGCGCUGCAGCAAAAAAACCAAAAAAAAAAAAAACAUGGGCGAGACAUGAAACAAACCUUGUUGAAUGGUUGAACAUGUGGUGAAGUGUUUGUUACAGCGGUGAUGAGUUCAUCUGGAGCAGUAGCCCUGAAGCAUUGUUCAGACCGGGCUCUUAGCCCCUCCACGCUCAUGCACGACAGCCGUCUGACCGCAGGCAUGCUGGGAAUCAAUAUGAAGGGCAAAAAAGCUUUUAGGAUGUGGCAAAUCCCAGAGAAAACAUUGGUGUUCCCUGACACCACACCAGCGUUCUGUUAUUCCCUAACCAUCUCUUUCACUACGUCCCCAGUGGCAAGACUGGCCAAGACCACCUGGACCGCUCUGUGAAUUGGACCUUGUUAGAACGGAGAGGGCUGCUGUCGACAGCUGUUCCCCUUCCUCACCUGUGAACCCCCGACAGGGCACCGGCAGGUCCUGGUGCAGCCGCAGGGCCUCAGGGCAAAGUAGGAAAUCUGGCUCUUAAAAAACAAGCAGGGCUUUUUGCAGGAACACAGUCGCCAAGAUGAGCACUUAGGCCACGGGGCUGGAGGCAAGUCAGGUCAGCUCAAAUCAAACCAAAUGUCUUUGUGUGUCUCUGCGGGGCUUCUGUUUCACACUGGCACAACUAAGAACUGGGAUCCACGCAGGACAGAAAAAUCUAUACUGGAACACAGGAGAAUCACAGGUGGUUCUGGACACUCCAAAGUACCAAACUGUGUCAUUCUAUUAGACACCUGAUGGACUGAGCUUCUCAGGUGCUGAAUGUGGUUUGUAGAGAAGAAUAUCUGUUAACAAACCUAGGAUAUACAGAAGUACUGCAGUACUGGAAAUACAGAUCAAAUAACAUUUGGCUAAGACUACUUAUUUUGGUGUCAUGUUUGUGGACCAAAAUAUUUAGACCACAUUUAUAAUUUUACAUAAGGACCACCGUUGUCUUAAAUAUUCUUUGCAGUACCAUGUCACAGACACAGGUGGCCCAAACCCACAUGCUACUAGGCUAAGGCAGUGUUGCUAAAUUUUCAAAGUCAUUUUUUGUAAACCAAAGUCUUCAGAGUAAAUGAUGGAUUUCCUAAAACUGUCUUUAAGGUAGACUUCCUGCUCAGGGUCAGGACCUGAGCUCCAGUCAGUCCCAGAGAUCCCACGGUUCCGUCCUUGACAGUGUGCAAACAGAGCCACACAAGAAAGAGACACUGCUACACACAUUGAUGGUCACUCUGAGACUAGAGUUAAUCUGAUCUCCAGUCUCUGGACAGAAGAAAAAAUAGUCUAAAAAAAAUAGCGUGAGAAAAUGAAAACUCCAUUCUGGUAACCCUCUAUUUAA